CCAAGGCGGCCCAGGAUAUUCCCGGGCCACUCGCGGCUGGCUGGCCCCGUGCACAGAGAGGCGCUAGCAGGACACUGGGAUUUCUGGGCGCGGGGAAGAUUCCUGCGCACUGUACUCCCGGCAAACAGGAGCUGUGGCUUGUUUAUCCAGGUGGCGACACAUGCAGAAGGUUGUUUUUAAAACCAGGGCGGCUGCCCAAGCGCGACAUCCCUCCUGCUGGCCAGCCAGCGGCCCGGGGAGGAACGUGACGGCUCGUCUCAGGGAAGCCAAGGAUGGGCUUUGGAAAGGACGCUCCGAAGUUGGCAGGGACUAGCUCCACUGCACACUCCGGGGCUGCACACGCUGAGGCGAUGCACUGACCCGGAGCGCAGGCGGGGAAGCUGCACCCCCGGAAGGGAAAGGAGACACUGCCUGCCUGCAAAGCAACCUCUCCAGCUCCGAGAGCGGCCAGCGUUGUCCUGGCUUUUGAUCCCUCGGGUUAACGAUCCGGGGCUGUACUGGAUUGCCAGGCGGACUUCUCACGCCGGUUGGUGGGAGGCACUUCCCUAAAUGCGGCUUCUGGCGUUGACUGAUAAAGUGACCAUGAUUGCAACGCCAAGGGACUGAGAGUGACUUACACACAGACACAUUCCCCCUCCCCUCUUCAUUCGGAUUGUGGCGGCUGGUGCGUGUGUGGGGACCCGGCUCUGAAUCGUGUGGAUUCUGCAGGAGCAGGACUCUGCGUUGGCGAUGGGGAGAAACCUGCUGUCCCAGAGCUUUCUUACUGGUAAAAUCCGACUGUCCUGCUGGGAGGAGGAACUUGGAAACCCUGCGGCCCCCGGGUUUAUUUGAGGUGAGGGGGGCUGGGAGACAGGAAUGGCAAAGAAUGUCUUCGGAGGUGGAAACAGAACCAGCUGCUGAAACAACUUCGAGCAGCCCAGGGGGAAGAACAGCAGCACAUGCAGAUGUUCGAGAGGAGCAACGCCCUGUCAAGCGGUCCUUGAGUGCCUCCAUGUGCAGAGAAUCUCACUGGAAAUGCCUCCUCCUUUCCAUCCUUAUGUAUGGCUGCCUGGGUGCUGUGGCCUGGUGUCAGCUAGCCCGAGUCACCAAGCUCAGCUUUGAUAGCUCCUUCAAAGGCAAGUCUAUGAUCUACCAUGAUAGCCCGUGCUCUGAUGGCUAUGUCUACAUCCCCCUAGCCUUCCUCACCAUGCUGUACGUGGCCUACCUGGUGGAGUGUUGGCACUGCCAUGCCAAAAGCGAACUCCAGUACAAGGCAGAUGUGGACAGCGUCUAUGACCGUAUCAACCGCAUGCAGCAAGCCACUCCCUGUAUCUGGUGGAAGGCCAUCAGCUACCACUUUGUGCGACGCACCCGGCAGGUGACCCGGUACCGCAAUGGUGAUGCUUAUACCACCACACAGGUCUACCAGGAGCGGGUCAACACACACGUGGCUGAAGCUGAGUUUGACUACUCUCACUGUGGAUUCAAAGACAUCUCCAAGGAGCUGCUAGGCCUAGAAUGCUACACAGCCACGAAGCUGAAGUUCACCAAGUGCUUCAGCUUUGCCAACACAGAGUCAGAGAACUCCUACCUGACCCAGAGGACUCACUUUUUCACAGAGAUUGAGGGACUGGAUGACUACAUGGAGGUCAGGGAAGGCAUGCAGCUUAAAAACAUAGACUUCAAAGAGCUUAUGAUGGCCUAUGGGGACCCAGAGCAUCUCCCAUGGUAUGUGUCCCACUAUACUUUCUGGGUGGCAGCUGUCUUGAUGAUUUCCUGGCCACUCCGGGUGCUCAUAGAGUAUCGGACUGCAUACGUGCACUACCAUGUUGAGAAGCUCCUAGGCCUAGAGUACACAGUGCCUGGUGUAUCAGAGGAGCCCCUGUAUAGGUACUGCAUGCCCCGGGAUAACACUCAGGACAGCACUGAACUGGAAUGGCACAUCUGUACCAACCGACAGCUGAUCCCCAGCUACUCAGAGGCCAUGCUCCUGGACCUGACAGACUCCCCUGUGUACAAUGGCUACUCCAGGUGUGGGUACAGUGAAAUAGCUCAUGGCUGUGAGCGCUGCAACCAGGCCUCCAGCAACUCCUCCAUCUUCUCCCGCUACGCCUUCCACAGUGGCAGCGGAAACUCACGCCUCUCCCUCAACACCAGCCGCUUCUCUUUGUGCCGGGUUCAUGGCUCCCACAGGACAGGCCUUGGAAGGAGCUGCAGCAGCAGCAUUGCGGACCGUGGCUGCCAGGAUGAACAGUGUUGCUCUUACUCUAGCCAGCUAGCUAUCAGUGAAAACCCACCCACCUACCAGGAUGCCCGCUUUUUCCCAGUGUUAAUUGUGCACAGGCCUGAAGGGCACGAGGGGAGACGCUUCUACAUCCGGCGCUCAUCCUGCUUAGAGACGGCUCUGUGAUCAGGCCUUAUGGUUCUAUGGCUCCUCCCUCCUCAGGACAGCUCCACUGCACUAGUGCUGUUUGACAGAGAUGCUAUCAGCAGGGAAACCGUUAACUUCAAGACUGUGCCACCACACACUAGCUCCACAGGGCAAACUCUCCAAUUCUAAUUCCUCUCACUGACAAUGCAAGAAAAUAUAUCCGAUCUGACAAGCAGCUACUCAUUUCUCUUCCUCACACUUUCCAUUACUUCCCCAUCACUGGGUGUCCCCUCUCUUUUUUCCUCUUUCCUCCCCUUCUUCCGCUCAUCAGUCAUCCUUUUCCUUUCGUCCCCUGUUUCUGUCUCCUCUCUCAUUCCCAUCUCCAUCUUCCCCUCACAUUUCAGUCACAAUACUUUGCACCACAACAGCAAUUUUCACCUGAGGAUCUCAAAGUGCUUUGCAAACACUGAUGCAUUUAGCCUCUCAACUCUCUUUUACGGCAGGAAA